GCUGCACUCGGUUCUCGGAAACUUCAUUCAAAAGCCAGGCUAGGCGGCCCACGAGGUCGGGAUUGGGGGGUUGUGAAUGACCUCGAGGCCACUUCCUCCCUCUCCGAGCCCGUCCUCUACUCCCCUAGUCACCUUCACGGAAACAAAACUGCCCCCCAGGGCUAGAGAGGUCUCUCUCUCAGUCUCCCUCGCAAAGGGUUAAUUUGUCAGAUCGCACGAGGGGGAGGAGAUUUCCCCGUAGACAAGUAAAAAGGGUGAUGGACAAACGUGCGGGCACUAAGACCGCAAGGCAUUCGUUUCCUCCUACUGUGGAUGCGGACGCCCGGAGGAGGAGAGUCCCAGAGCGAGGAGCUGGGAGCAGAGGCACAGAGAACACGUAGCGACUCCGAAGAUCAGCCCCAAUGAACAUGUCAGUGUUGACUUUACAAGAAUAUGAAUUCGAAAAGCAGUUCAACGAGAAUGAAGCCAUCCAGUGGAUGCAGGAAAACUGGAAGAAAUCUUUCCUGUUUUCUGCUCUGUAUGCUGCCUUUAUCUUCGGUGGUCGGCACCUAAUGAACAAACGGGCGAAGUUUGAACUGAGGAAGCCAUUAGUGCUCUGGUCUCUGACCCUUGCAGUCUUCAGUAUAUUCGGUGCUCUUCGAACUGGUGCUUAUAUGGUGUACAUUUUGAUGACCAAAGGCCUGAAGCAUUCAGUUUGUGACCAGGGUUUUUACAAUGGACCUGUCAGCAAAUUCUGGGCUUAUGCAUUUGUGCUAAGCAAAGCACCCGAACUAGGAGAUACAAUAUUCAUCAUUCUGAGGAAGCAGAAGCUGAUCUUCCUGCACUGGUACCACCACAUCACUGUGCUCCUGUACUCCUGGUACUCCUACAAGGACAUGGUGGCCGGGGGUGGUUGGUUCAUGACUAUGAACUAUGGCGUGCACUCCGUGAUGUACUCUUACUAUGCCUUGCGAGCAGCGGGUUUCCGAGUCUCCCGGAAGUUUGCCAUGUUCAUCACCUUGUCCCAGAUCACUCAGAUGCUGAUGGGCUGUGUCGUUAACUACCUGGUCUUCCACUGGAUGCAGCAUGACCAGUGUCACUCUCACUUUCAGAACAUCUUCUGGUCCUCACUCAUGUACCUCAGCUAUCUUGUGCUCUUCUGCCACUUCUUCUUUGAGGCCUACAUUGGCAAGAUGAGGAAAACAACGAAGGCUGACUAGUGUCGGAACUGAGGAGGAAGCCAUAGCUCAGGGUCAUCAAGAAAAAUAAUAGACAAAAGAAAAUGGCACAAGGAAUCACAUAUGGUGCAGCUAAAACAAAACAAGACAUGAGAAAACACACAACCCAAAGCAGCUUAGGGAUAAUUAGGUUGAGUUAACCCAGUAAGUUUAUGAUCCUUUUUGGGUGAGGACUCACUGAGUACACCUCCAUCUCAAAGGACUGCUGCUGGAAGACCCCAUUCCCUCUUUAUCUGUCAACUCUAGGACAAAUGAGAACAAAAGUGGGCCAGAGGCAGAGAGAGAGAAAGAGAAGGCAAACAAAAGCUAUUAACAGUAUAUGGAAAAAAAAAAUGUAUUUACUAAGUGUUAUAUUUCUCUAAGGAUCAAAGAAGUUUACUUAAAAGACUGUGCGAACCCAUACACACAAUCCUUUCUAAUCUUUUUUGACACUAAACUGGAGCCAACAGAAAAGAUAAAAAUGGAAGAGACACAGGGUGUAUAUCUAGAACAAUAAUGCUUUUGCAAAAAUGAAAGCCUUUUUAAGAAAGGUUGGCAGUUGUAGCCCCCAUGAGAAAAGAUGUCUUAAUCACCUCCUGAGAAAAUGGAUAUAAACAACUACAUUUCAACUAAGAGAAAGGCUUGUUUCCCUUCAUCGCACAGCCUCAGUCUAGUGAGUUUGCCAAAACCAAACGGGGCACAAUAUUUUUCCAGGGUUCUUCCUGGGAGGAAGGAAGUAAUGCAGCCCAGUUCCUAAAAGGGCAGCCCCACCUCAGAGCAUUUCUGAUAGUUUAAUUUCUACCCCUAAAUGAGGUAGGAAGCAUUAUCCUUUGUUCUGUUGCCUCAGGCUUUCAAACAGAGGAGUAAAUACAGAAUAAAAAAGAUACAGCUCAAUCAAAUGAUUUGAAAAAUCGACUCUCUACUACCUGUAAAAAGGUGCAGCGCUGUACCGUUCUUGAGCUGGGAAAGAGAAAAAGACAGUGGGAAAGGAGCCGAAGAUCAGUAUAAUAGACAAUAAGUACACCCCUCCCCUCGGUGACUUCACACAUAUUCAUAACUUUCAAAUGAAACCCUGUGGUACAGUCCAUAUUUUCUAUAUUUUUGUGAAUUUCAAACAACCUGCAGGGCUCUUCUUGAUCUUGGGUAAACACUGUGUUUCUGCAUCAUCUGCAUUUGCUCCCUGAGGCAAUGCAGAGGUGUUUAAAGUGCCCUCUGCUGGUCGAGUGGAGAUACUUUGACAAACACACUUCAUGGCAAGUUUGGCUGGAACAGUUGACAACAAAGGGCCCCUUAUAGACAUUCUUCAAAUUUUAAAUGAUAUAAAAUACUCACCAUAUUUUUGGCCAAAUCAGAAGACAUUCUUCCUGCUUCAAGUCAGCUUCAGAAAUUUUUUUAAAAGGGACUUUUGCUCUGGAACUCAGAAAAUCGAUUUAUUAAGAGCCAUAUUCUUAAAAAAAAAAAGCUAGAUAAUAUAAUAUCUGUAAUAUUUCAGUCCUUUUCAAGCCAAAUAAAUGUGUAAACAUUCCUAGUAUUUCAAAGAAGCAAUUAUGUCAAGUUGUUCAAUGUGAUAUAAUAGUAUUCUCAUUGGUUAAGUAGCUUAAUGAUUACACAAACUAGAUGAAAAAAUUAGGGGCCACUACACUGCAUAGAUUAGACACGCAUAACCACACGUAUAGGCACACAGAUGAGGGGUCCACCGAACUUCAAAGCUCAAAUGAAUAGAAACACAUUUUCUGGCUAGCAGAAAAAGAAGCUGUUGUUUAUCUUUCUUGCUUUAUUUGAGAGUGUACAGAAAAGGGAUUUUUCAAAUUAUUUUUAUAUUAUUUUAGCUUUAAUUGUGCUGUCAUUCAUGAAACAGAGCUGCUCUGCUUCUCUGUCAGAGAUGACAAGGGCUUUCUCAGCAUCUCGUUUAUGUGUGGAAUUGAAAAGAAUAAAAUUUUAUUCCAUUCUGUGUGAAUGGUCUGAACCAUGAACAAAGAAUCCGUGCAAACCAAGUCAUGACUGAUGGGGUGGAGGGCGGGGGGAGGGGGGUAUGCAGGGAAGGGAAGCUGUUACACCUGUGUUAAAUUAUUGUGAACAGUCUAUGAUGUCUUGACGUUGGUUCAUAGAUGAAUUGAUGGAGGAAUGUAUUAUUUUUAGGGCAAAAACUGACACGAGCUGAAAAGAUAAGGAUCUAUUAGUUAUAGCAGGACCUAAGAUGCAAAUAAUGUUAUUUUGAGCUUUGAAAAUACAUGAUACUGUGCAAUAAGCUUUUUUUCUUAGAAAAAAAGCAGAAUAAUUAAAAUGAGGAAAAGGCCAAAUAACAGUUGACUUAAGCUCUAACUGGCCCUUCAGUUAAACUCAACUCUGGUUGAUUUAAUUUAAUUAUUUAAUCCAUUGAUUUAUCAGCGAUCCUUUAAUGCAGGUUAGAAUAAGGAAAUGAGCAUAGACCUUAAAUAGACCCUAAAUGAUGCUUGCAAAGCACUUUCAUCUUGAUACAGGUUCAUACUUGUGUUCCCUUGUGAGAUAAUUUAGAAUUUUUGUUUACAGAUUGAAUGUCUAAUAAAUAGUUUUAAAAUUAGGUAAAUAUAUCUAAAGGCAUUUCCGAUGAUUAUCAUGGGAGGGAAAAAGAAAACACACCUGUAAAAAACAAAUCUAAAUUCUGGUAUUACAGGUUCAGUAUAAUGUUUUUAACAUCUCAGCUUAACUGCUUAAUUAUAUCAAGAUACGAGGCUGGACCACUAGCCCAUGGCAAAUCUGAAGCCUAUCAGAGAACUGACUGCCACACAGAGAAUCCUGCUGUCACUUAACAUUCCAGAAAAACUUGGGCAGGCAGGUUUUUAUAGCUGCCCCACUAUGCUGCAAUAGAUUAUCUUUCUAUUGAAGAUUUUCCACUGCAUUCCAAUUGCAGUUUGGUGAAAACAUUCCUGGAUUUAAAAAAAAAUUUUUUUAACCAAAUCUUCAUACAUAAAUACAUGCAAUUUGAUAAACAAGGUCUGAGCAUCAACCCAAGUCUGAGUUUGCAGUGAAAACCUUUCUAGUGAGAAAUGCUCUAUUCAUAGAGCAAGAGGAUUUAUCUGCACCUUCUAGUUUUGCUCAUGAAAAAAGAGCCACUACUAUAUUCAUAUUCAAUAUCAGGCCAAUGUACCAAGUUAAAACCAUGUACUGAGGUGAUUAUUCUAGGUAACUUACUCCCAUCCUUCUAACCAUACUCCACUAUAAAAAUGAGGGGGCAGGGACAAUACAGCUGUAUAUGUUGCUGAAGGGGAAAGAAAAAAUUGAAUACAUCCCUCUCACUUCUCUCUACUAAUGUAGCUCUGAGUCUAAAACUUUACUGAGUGGGGUUUCUGUAGAACUGAAUGGAAGAACACUUCUAGGAGACCCACAGAAUUUUUUUUUUUAAUCAGACAUGGUAUCUUUAUCAUAAGAUAAAAAUUCACAUAAGAAUAACAAAGCGCCUGGAGUCAACUACACUGGAGUAUAAAGUUCCAGAAGUCUGGCCUGGUUCCCAGACUGCUGGGUUACCUGGGAGAGACAAGCUCAGGUUGCUAUCUUUAUUAUGAGAGAAUAGCGUCUCCUCAGACAUAACUAAGUCAGCUCCAGCACAUUCUGAGGGUUUUGUUUUUUUUUUUUCCAGUUUGGUCAAUGAAUGAAUCUUUAACACAGUCGUUGGAUUGGCCACGUGCUGACUCAAGAGGGCUAUUAGGAGAGUGGAGAAGGUCAAAUAGACCACCUCCCAGAGUUCAGGAGUGCUUUGAGUUGUGUGUGCAUGGUCCAUGUCUGUCUCAUAGACACUUAUUUCCCCAAAAAUGUUUCCAUCCUGAAAAGUACAAUUGUGUGAGAGUUUUAUGAUGAAAGUUUAGUGGUCCAAUCUUUUUGUUUUCGAUAAUAAAUAUUUUGCUAUCGAUUUGG